CGCGCCUUACAGUGAGAUGUUUUGCGCCCCUUUAUUGGUUGUCGAUUAUUGUCUAUUUUUUCUACAUUGCUUUUCGCUGUCCGAUGGGUAUAAGUCAGACGGAGGCGACAGAAGCCUUAAAAAGUUGAAUGGCAAGAGAAGUAAUUUUAUAUCCGAUGCAUUAAAAGAGCACGAAGCACCACAAACAGUCGCAUAUUUGCUCUUGGAAGCUCGCAUGUUGUACUCUCAAAAAGUUUUUGUUUCCUCAAGUGAGUGCAGUUUAUUAAUUUUGCAAUAAUGCUUAAUAGUGUCUAAUUUCUUAUUCUUGUCUGUGAGGUCUCGAUGUAAAAAAAAUCCUCCCAAAGUGUCGAAGAAACGAUUUAAAAUCAAAGAGACUUUUAAUGAAGAAAAAUUGCUUCAUUUCUCAGACAGAGAUAAAGAAAAGGAAAAUGGGACUGGCAGGACCUCCACUAAGGCGGCGAGGCUACUACUUCCUCUUUAUCAUCGUCGUCCUUGUGCCACUGACAAUACUUUUCCUCAUCAUUGGCCCAGAUCUCUCAGCGGAACAGACACUGUCGCAGAGAGUGGCAGAGUUCCAGAUUCGGUUGCAGUACUUGGAGUCAAUGUACAGGGCGCGCCAGGAGGAUGUGGCGAUACUGUCUCAGUACCUCGGGAUGUCCAAUGCGGCGAAUGGAGUCAGUGGUACAGGAGGGGGUUCCGAGGGUUCCAAUAUCACCCUCAAUGGCGCCAUUCUGGAUGCACUGAGUCCCGAAGCGAGGGCAAUUCUGCGCAAUAUGACCUCUUCGUCGCGUUUCCCAUCCACCAUUCGCAUGCCCACGGCCUUUCAUUUCCUACCACAUCUCCUGGAUGACCCAACAUCCCUCCGGCCGGCUUUCCUCAUGUCCAAGGGACGACAGAGUGUCUCCGUUGUCCUUGGCAUUCCCACCGUGAAGCGCGAGAAGCAAUCCUAUCUCCUUGGUACCCUCCACAAUCUCAUAACGAACAUGAAUGAAGAGGAGCGCAAUGAUACGAUGAUUCUUGUCUUCAUCGGUGAGACCGACAUGGACUACGUGCAGCUGGUGGCGAAGCAGAUUGAGGUGCGCUUUGGGACACACGUGGAAAGUGGCCUAAUUGAGGUGUUCUCCCCACCGGCAUCCUACUACCCAAAUCUCGAUGCCCUCCGUGUGACCCUCAAUGACCCGCCUGAGCGCGUGAAAUGGCGCUCAAAGCAAAAUCUCGACUUUGGCUUUCUCAUGACCUAUGCCCAACUCAAGGGGACCUUCUACGUGCAGCUCGAGGAUGACAUACUCGCCAAAAGGGGCUUCAUCACCACAAUGAAGAAUUUCGCCCUGGAAAAGAGUGUCCGCAAGGAUUCGUGGUUCGUACUCGAUUUCUGCCAGCUCGGCUUCAUUGGGAAACUCUUCAAAUCAGCCGAACUGCCGUGGGUUAUCACCUUCAUCCAGAUGUUCUACAACGAUAAGCCCGUCGAUUGGCUCCUUGAGCACCUAAUCUACACAAAGAUUUGCAACUGGGAGAAAGAUAUGAAACACUGCAAGCAGGAGAAGGCAAAGCUGUGGAUUCACUACAAGCCAUCGCUGUUUCAGCACAUCGGGACAACGUCGUCGCUGAAGGGGAAAGUGCAGAAGCUGAAAGAUAAGCAAUUCGGCAAGAUACCCGCAUUCUAUUCACACAGCAAUCCAAAGGCUCAAGUUAGAAGUGCCAUAGUGGCGUACAAAACGCACACCCUUCAGCGUGCCUAUGAUGGUGAAACCUUCUUCUGGGGCCUCCUACCCCAACCUGGCGACCUCGUGGAAUUUAUCUUCCCCAAAGCCAUCCCGCUGCGCAAAUAUCUCUUCCGGAGCGGAAACACCGAACAUCCGUCAGAUAAAUUCUACAACACAACCAUUGAAAUACUACCGAGUGGGCUGGAUGAGGCGUCACCCAUUUGGAGCACGUACAACACCACAACGGAUGGAUUCCUCAUUGUUGGGAGUUUCAGUACAUUCGGCAUCGCCGAGGGCAUCCUCGAACCCAAAAUUGGCAAAAUCAAAGAGAUUAGGCUCCAUGUGCACAGCGACAGUGAAAAUUGGGCCAUCCUCAGUGAGAUUAAUCUCGAGGAAAGCACCGCAAGAUGACCUAAGAUGAAGAAUGGGAAUUUAUGGCAGGCACUGCAGAAGAACUUCUCAUUGCACAAGGUGACACACCCUUAAGAGAAUCUCCUCCCCUAAAUAAAAGAAAAGAGUGUUUUGAGUGCAACGCAAAAGGCUUCUAAACUAGUGGCAUUAAUGAUUUAAAAAAAAGGAAAUUACAAAAAGAAUAUUAUUAUUGUAGUAAAAAAAAGAAAAAGAAAAAUAACCUAUGAUUGCAACUGUGAUAACAAAAAUAUUUACAAUGUAAUAAUCGAUAGUGAAGAGCCCCAUUAACCUAGUCUCAUGUGUAGGAUGGAAAUUUUAAUGAACAAUUCGUAUAAUAUAUUAUUUUCUCUCCCGCGCAAGAAAAUGAAAGGAAAGUGAAUUCAAUUCAGGAUAUUUAUGUAAGAUUGUAAAUUAAGUAUAAAACAAAAAAAAAUGUAUUUUAAGCAUUUUAUUCUGCCGAAAAUCACAUGUAUUUAAUAACAACAAAGUUUCUUUAGAGCAAGAAAGUUGAUGUUAACUCAGAAGAAGAAAAAUUGCAUUGAAUAGUUAUGUAGAGAAAUUAUAAUAUAAAAAAAAAACGUAAUACGCAGUCCCGAUAAACAAUUCAAUAAGUGUCGAGCCUGCACACAAUAUUUAUUUCUCUUUUAUUAAAUAAAAACUCUCCGUGAGUGUUAAUUUUGUAAAUUAAUUUUUUUGUAAUAUCUUUUUUGCGAUAGUUUUAGAAAAUUAGAAAAGUUUUGUUAUUUCUUUGAAAAAAAAUAUUAAAUUUUUAGUGCAAAAAAGUUGUGUUGGUAAAGCGUAAAAAAUUCUAAUUUUUAACUUAAAAAAAGAGAUUUUUGCAAAAAAAAAUUCACUGGAGAAUAUUUUGCAAGAACUAUUGUGGACAGGCCCUUAUAUAGCAUGCACAUGUACAAUACACGUAAUAUUUAUACGAACAUGAAAGAUAUUUUUAAUGCAUAA